AUGACGACCACCGGUACACCAGACGCCCCUGACACCACUACAGCGGCACCCGAGGAGGUUUCUUCUGCGAACAAGGAGGUUUCUUCUACUGAGGAGAUCUCUUCCGAGGAGGAGGACAUGGAAGUCAAGAGUGAAGAAAAAGGAGACCCUCAAGCUAUGGAGCCCACCUCUCUUGCCACUGCCACUGGCGAUGGGAUCUCACUUUCGAAUCACAAUCAAUCGACAGGUGCGGACGAGCGUGGACGGGACCUGCAAAAGGUCAAGCGCUUUGCUCAAGAACUAGAUGACGCAGACAAGCAGGCUAAGAGAGGCAGCAGACGUGGGUCAAACUCCAUCAUUCAGGUGGAGUCCCCUCCCUCCUCAGCCAAGAAUCGCCGUGCUUCGUUUCAGGAGAAGUUCGGCGGCCCUCCGUCUGCUCGUAGUGCGGCUAUGAGCACCGGCACCGGCACCGGCAGGAACGAUGACGAAGACCACGAAGACGAAGAUGAAGAUGGCAGUAUUGAGGCUGUGACAAAAGACUCCAUCCCAGAGAUCGGUCAGCCUGGUGCCUUUGCUGAAUCAGGUGGUACCCCACCUCCAGGCGUCUCUCCAAGGAGGAUGGAUCCAAGCACCGAAGAAGAUCUUUUGCAAGCCACUGAGGUUCCCGCUGCUGCUGAUCAUGACGUUGAAGUUGGCACGGAAGAGGAAGAAACCAGAGGUAUUGAGGUAGCCGAGAAGGUGGACCUCACAAAGAAAGGUUGGGGUUGGCUGAAGUACGUCUUCGUCGUCCUUGUCCUCGCAAUGGGAGCCGCUACAGCAGUUGCCGUAAUCUGUGGAGAUGGUUCUUGCAAUGCUGACAACAGUGGUGGCGAUGAGCUGUUGGGCCUCCCUGAAGAGGAAGUGGGUGCUGCCCUUCCAGGCCUAGAGUCCUCCUCACCUACGGGUAGUACCCCAAGCCCUUCGACUAGCCCAACCGAGUUCAUGCAGAGCCUCACCGAGAAAGUAAUGCGCUUGAGAGCACUGCUUCCAGACUACACCUUGCAUGGUCGAGCCUUCCAGUGGGUCCUUGAACAUCCAGAAUUCGAAGACUUGGAAGACUGGCGUCUCCAGCAGAUGUUUGCCAUUGUUGCAUACUACUAUAAUAUGAAUGGUGAGAACUGGCUAGCGACGGACAAACAGAACUGGUUGAAUUAUUCUGUCUCGGAGUGCUACUGGGGCAACAUGGACACGGAGGACUGGCUCAAAAAUUUGUGCCACGAAGAUGGCACUUUCCACCAACUUCUCCUUCUAGGAGGCGAGCAUUCCCACGCGAUGAGUGAGGGCUUUGACGAAUCCAUCCCACCCGAAAUUGAGCUUUUGUCCAACCUGAACUUUCUAUUUAUCGAGAUGGGUCAGUUGAAUGUUCCUUUGGAAAUGGUGUUGCCCUGGACAUUGCAGAACAUGGUCAAUUUGACCAAGUUGAGCUAUUUCCAGGACAUUCUGACCGGUACCGUCCCCGAUAAUACCUUUGACCUCUUGAGUCGCCUGGACUACUUGAGUUGGGACUGGAAUAUGAUCUCGGGCACACUCCCUACCGGAGUGGGAACGUUGACAGCCUUGGAAGGUUUCUUUGCGAGAGACAACCUAUUCAUAGGAGCGCUGCCAUCCGAAGUUGGAAUGCUAUCUCAUUUGACUCGAUUUGGAGUUGCUGGCAACAGAUUCACUGGAAAGGUCCCUUCUGAAUUGGGCUUGCUCCAGAAUCUGACUCAAUUGUACCUCCAUGACAAUCACUUCACCGGUAUGCUUCCAACAGAAAUUUGUGGGCUUCCCCAGCUCACUUCUUUGGAAGUAGAUUGUCAGACUGAGUGUAUCACUUGCCCAGAGGAUUGUGGUUGCUUCUGCUACUACUUGGAUCACUAA